GGAUCCGUACCAUGCAAAUAUGGCGGAAGGAGGGUCUGACAGAGAACUGGAUCCCUCUAAAGUUGCCGUCAUACGUGAAGUGUAUGACACUGACAGUGCACACGAAACAUUUGAAUUGGAGUUGGAGCGUGCCUUGGAAGCAGGGUGCAGCAUAAUUGUUGUUGAGCCAUCAAGGCUAGGGGAUGAGACAGCUCGCUGGAUUGCUGUUGGCAAUUGUCUACAUAAAACAGCAAUUCUCUCAGGAAUAGGUGCCAUUGCAACAGGAUUGGUAUGGACCGACCGCCCAUAUAUAUGUACCCCACUGGGAGCACUUUCGUUGCUGUGCACUGGACUAUAUACCAUUUCAUGGCAGUUUGACCCCUGUUGUCAGUACCAGGUUGAGCGUGAUCCAAGAAGGCUUUCAAAAUUGCCACUUCUUGGUUCUCUUACACCAAGAUCACCAGUUGUUGUUCUAGUUCGGCGAGAUGACUCAAGACGGAAAAUUCUUCAUACAAGCGUGUCUCUAAUUGCAGCUGCUUUCUGUGCAUGGCGGCUCUAUGAUGCCUACAAAUGAAAGUAAUUUGUUUCACGCACCAACAAAAUAGAUAUGUAGGUUCCAGUUACUUUACAUUGUAUGUAACUUGUCACAUCCCAUGUUUAUUUAACCCAAAGUGUAAUACUUAAAUGUGGAAAAUGUUACCUAAAGUAACUGGAUUCUGCUUUACGUUUUUAUAGGGGACAUGAAUAAUUAAGAUAGGAAUCCCAUUAGGCAGGGUAGCAGAUAAUCUGCUUUAGCAUUGCCGACACAUCUGCAGCAUUCAUGUGCAAACUCUAGCUUCUAAUGAUCUGUCAGGAAUGGAAUGUGUUCUUCACCCUGCCAUGGGGCUUUGUUUUAUGGCCCUAAAGCUGUAAGGCACAACACCUAAGAUUGUUAUCAUUUUGGUUUGCCCCACUUAAAAGAGGUACUGAAGACUGUAUGAUAUAGGUAUUGAUUAUUGUUUUAUUGGUGGAACUGAAAGUUAAGGCAUGGAAUUUCUGCUCAAUAAAUAGCUACAUGCUUGACAUGGCAAACAGAACGUUUAUUAGGGGCACAACUGUUAUUUGAUAUGGACUUGUGUCAUGCGCAUAAACACUAUCGGAUUUCAGAUGACAUACAUCUGCAGAUACUGUACUGCACAUUUAAAGUUAUUCUGGACCAUGGUCUGAUGAUAGUUAUUUGGUAAUUGUAAUGGGUAGCUACUGGCUAGUCCAUAUUCAAGAACAUAUAUUUUUCCUACUGUAAAAUUUCUUUCAUUGUAGAAGUUGGGUAGGAAAGUAAUCUGUACAUUUCUUUCUUGUUAAGGAGACGUAAACAUGGAAUUCAUACAGAUAUGUCAUCAAUCCAAUGGUAAAGUUGUGAAUCGAUAAUUCAGCUGUGUAACAGAUUCACAACUUGACCAUUGGAACAAAGAUUUCAUCUCUGCUGUAUAUAUAAUGUAUAGAAGAAUCAAUCAUUUGAGGCAAGAAGCUCCAAACUUAGUCAAGAGCGGUCGUAAUUUUAAAAUAGACUAGAAAGAGAAUGCAAAUGGCAGUGAUGUACAAAUCGGUGUUAAAACGAAUUUCCUAUUAAAUCCCUCACAAUGUGAAAAGUAUGGUGAGAUGUAUUUGCAAACUAAGUUUCUUAUUAGUUCUUACAAUACAUGGAACAAACAUUGUAUCCACAGACACAAGCAGUUAUUUUUAAUUUGUAUUAAUAGUAUUGUGGCUUUUUAAAAUAGAACUGUGCUAUGAUGAAAAUAAAGUCUGCUUGUAGGUGAUUUCCAGUCUGAAUGAAAGCGAAGCAACCAUACUAUCUCCUAAUCAAACAAGUGGGUUUUCUGUGGAGAUUCCAACCAUCCUGAUAAAGUUUUGAGGCACCUAAUUCUAGAUUUAAAUUCCGAUUGAGUUAUAUAAAAACACAGUCAUGCUGUGGCUACUUCUGAAUUAAACUUUGGACCUAUACACACAAAAUUAUCAGUGCCUGAAAUACAUCAACAGUAUACAAGAUCUGUAAAAAUAUGAAUUUCACUGGUAACCAUAAUUCAACAUUUCUUAAUUCUGGUUUAUUCAAGACUAAGUCAUACAAAGUGAGAAAACUUUGUUCCGUCAGCAUUGCAACAUCUGUCUGUACUACAAUGCAAAUGAAAAAAAAAUUCCUAUUAUACAGAAAAUGUUUUUAAAGCACGUGUAUCACAUGGGAAUGUUAUGUCACUACAAAUUACAUUGUUUAUGGUAGUAGGCUGUGUAAGGAGUUCAGAGUAUGGUCUUCUGGUUUAUGAAACAUAUAUUCUCUUGAGUGGUCUGUUUCAUAAGAACCACCAGCCUCCAACUUCAUUUCUAACCUGAAGGUAGAGGCAGCAAGUUCCUCUGAAAUGUUGGUAACGAUCUUCAAGGCCACAUGUUGUCAUAACCCAGAAGACCACAGUUUAAAACUCACUGCCAUGAAGACCUCAGAUCUCAUAUGUAAGGCACAUUCUUCAUACUACGUAUAUGUAACUUGCCAAAUCAAGAAAUACAUCUCUGUCCUUGCAGAUAUAUAUAUCACUGAAUGUUGUAGCAUGAAAGUUACCGCUGUUACUUUGUAUAUGUGAGGUGGCCAGUUUGAAUCCUGACAAAAAGAAAGCCAUCCGAGACUGAACUUUCAUGUGCACGUCUUACUUCCUCACCCCUCCAGUUUAUCAUUCAGGACUAUCACUCUUCCCCUCACAUGUGUAAUUAAAUAACUUCAGCAAACAGUAAUCUGUAUUCUGAACAUAAAGUGCCUCAGAUUUUUGCGCCCAAAAUGUGGUUACCCUGUACUGUUAAUACUGGUGUAUGUAAGUAUGUAAAUUACAAACUGUCUAUAA